GCCACCGAAAUGGAGCACAUAAACUUAACCACUAUGCCACUCUGAGUAUCUUAUAGCCACACAGAGAUGUCACAUAAGGAAAUCAAGUAGUUUUCUCUGUCUGGAAAUUGUGUUGUAAAGGAACGACCCACCUCAAUCCUAGAAGCAUCAGGUUCUUGUGUCAGCUGAGUUAUCUUUGCGUCCUAGCGCCUGGCUGCUAAGAGUGAGUGGAUAAGCUCUACUAUAUUGAAUAGAAAAAAAUAUUUUUUUCUUUAAUUCGUUCAAGACCUGAUUGAAAUGUUGAGGAAAAAAGUUUUCUUGGGAACAGAAAGCAGGAGCGAUGGAGCCCCCAAAUGUAGAAAAUAUAAUUGCAUUAGAAGGAAUGAAGUUACGUACAGUACAUUGAGGCUGGUUUUCGUUCCUUAAUUUCAUCUGCCUAAAAUGAGCCUCAGCCUUUGCUUACAUCUGCUUCUUCAUCUUCAAUCUUUUUCUCUCCAAGUUGCUCCUCUUAACCACCUGACACCUGACCCACUCAAGUCCUUGAGAAGUUUCUCUGCUUAACCCUAAGACUCUUACUCCGAACAUCAUAUCACCAUUCAACAACUACUUAGAUGCCCGUGACUAUGCGCCAGGCCCUGUGGCGGGUGCUGGGGAUGCUGUGGAGCGCAAAGCCCAUGUGGGCCCUUCCUUCAUGCAGCUCACAGGCUACUUGAGACAGACUUAAAUCAAAGAAAACACAAAGAAAUAUGAAAUUACAACUGUUCUUGUGUCCUGAAGGAAGAGUUUAGGGUACAAUGAACGUGUAUAAUAGGAAGAUUAACCCAGCAUAGAAACUCACAGCUUUCCAGGGUUAGGUCAGCAACACUCUCCAUUUCCAUGUGUCCUCUGAUUUACCUAGCCCAGUGCCUCCCUAUCUUCCUCCUCCUUCCGUCUUCAGAGGAAGCAAUGGCAUCCAGAAUUACACCCAGGGGAAACAGGUCUUCAAGGAUAUCCCAAGGUAGAGUCGAAUGUUAACAGGCAAAAAUUAAACGUAUACCUUCAAGUUUUUGAUUAGGUGUGGAAUUGCUAGAGCUCUGGAGAAGAUGUUGGUGCUAAGCUGUUCUACCAAGUUACUGAUACUGGAAAAAAUGUUGAAGAGUCACUUUCCUGAAUCACUCAAGGCUGAGACAGAUAACCUGGACCAUUACACUAAUGCCUAUGCUGUGUUCUACAAGGAUGUUAGGGCUUACCAACGGCUGUUGGAAGAAUGUGAUGUUAUCAACUGGGAACAAGUUUUUCAAAUACAAGGGCUGCAGAGUGAGUUACAUGGUGUUUCCAAGGCUGUGGCCGAGUCAAAGCGGUUGGAUGUAAAGCUCAGUUCCUUCAAGGCCGUGCACCUCCCGCCUGUUUCAGCUCCGCCGGACACCAGUUCCCUAAUGGGGUCUUCCCCACGACUAACCUACCUGAGUGUUGCUGAUGCUGAUCUACUCAACCGGACUUGGUCGCGGGGUGGCAAUGAACAGUGUCUCCAAUACAUCGCCAACCUCAUCUCCUGCUUCCCCAGUGUGUGUGUCCGUGAUGACAAGGGAGACCCAGUCUCUUGGUCUCUCACAGACCAGUUUGCCACCAUGUGCCAUGGCUAUACCCUGCCAGAGCAUCGCAGGAAAGGUUAUAGCCGGCUGGUGGCACUCACACUGGCCAGGAAGUUACAGAGCCGAGGAUUCCCCUCUCAGGGCAAUGUCCUGGAUGACAACGUGGCAUCCAUAAGCCUCCUGAAGAGUGUCCAUGCUGAGUUCUUGCCUUGUCGUUUUCAUCGGCUCAUUCUCACCCCUGCAACUUUCUCUGGCCAAGUUCACCUCUAGCCCAUAAAACACUAAGAAUUUUUGUCCUUUCACUAAACAUACACACAUUCCUUAGCUGCCAAGAAGGGGAAAACUAAAACUGCAAUCAGGAGAAUCUUGGGUUGUUGAAAAGGGUCUGGAGAAAACAUGCCGGAUCAGCCUGAGCCUUUACUCUCCCCAUCUCAGGUUUGCACAGUAAUAACUGGGGCAGUCAGAGGUAGCUGUGGCUGAGAAGAGAGGAUAAUGAUCUUUCUUGGGAUCCACUGCAGGAAAACGAUUCUAAAGCCAGCAGCUCUUAGCACAUAGCAGAUGUGACUGCAUGAGAACAAAUGAACUGCUUUAUGAUUGCUGCUUGGGCUUCUUCUGCUCUGCAUUCUCACAGUCACACCGCUUCCCUCCUACCAUAAGUAACACUCCCUGUGCUCGCCCAUGCUGUGUCUGCCCAAACUCGGUCCCUACUGCCUCUACCCGAGUUCUCUGUAGAAUAUCAGGCUUUUUCUCCUCUAGUUACUGGCUCUCCACUUCUGCCUAUGACUGGCUGGUAGUUACUCCCUGAGAACGUCUGAUUGCAGUGGUUGUCACAUUUUAGUGCACUUUAGACUCACCUGGAGGGCAGGUUGCAACACAAUUGGCUGGGCCUCUCCCCCACAGUCCCUGAUUUGGUAAGUCUGGGGUAGGGCCUGAGAAUUUGCAUUGCUGACAAGUUCCCACUGCUCAGUUGCCUCAGAUGGAGGAUAUGGGCAUUUUAAAUGUUAGAAACACAUGAUGUCGGCAUAGGAUUGGACCAUCUUACCUAUCACCGAUUCCAGCCUCUGUUUGUAAUCUACUUUCUCAUAAGAAGCUAAAGAUGCAUAUAUAGGUGUGAAUGUGGAUCUGCUAAUGCACGUAUAGACUCUAGUCAUCCCUCUGUAUUGGUGGGGGAUUGGUUCCAGGAACUCUUGGGGUGCUAAAAUCCGCAGAUGCUCCAGUCCUUUGUAUAAAAUGGUGUAGUGCAAUGAAAACAGUUUCCCCACGGUUGGCUGAAUCUGCGGAUACAAAACCCACAGACACAUAGGGCCACUGUACUUACAUACUUAACAUAUACCCAUGUAUAUGUACAUUCCUUUCAUAUUUUCUAUAUGCAUAUGUAUAUACUCAUAAAUUUUGAUAAGAUAAUAAACUUUAAUUCUCUUAUUACAUAUGAAGAGUUUGAGGACCAGGGAACAUAAUGACUUUUUCAAGAUUGUGUAGGGGGCCAGCCUGGUGGCACAGGGGUUAAGUCUGCACAUUCCACUUCAGCGGCCUGGGGUUCACUGGUUCGGAUCCUGGGUGCAGACCUUUGCACAGCUUGGCAAGCCAUGCUGUGGCAGGCGUCCCACAUAUAAAGUAGAGGAAGAUGGGCACGGAUGGUAGCUCAGGGCUAAUCUUCCUCAAAAAAAGAAAAAGAUUAUGUAGAUAAUCAGCCCUGGAGGCUGAGCCAGAAUGUUGUCAUUUAGAUUUCAAUCUAUUCUUUUCACUAAACCAUGUAUCUUUUUU